GCGGCACUGAGGCUGGCAAUGUUUUGCUUUCGCUGUAGCGCCCUCCAACUUGAGUAGUUUUCCAUUGGGAUUGCAAAUGAUUGGCGCAGAAUGCAGUGCGACAUCUCAAGCUGUCCUAAGCAGAUGGCGCAGUGAACCGUUUUCCUUACCCGGCUGGCAGCAGAGGAGAGUUGAUGUCAAACAAUUCAAUCCUCAACACACGCAUGUGCACGCAUUGAGGGCAGCUUCAUCCAGACACGUUCGAUGCAUAUUGAAACCCGCAGCAUGGUCACACAGAUUCAUUUUCUAUCAUUGAAGCCUUGCCAUGGAGUGGCGGUAUGGGCGACUCGUAGCACACCAUGGGGAACCUGUUCCGCAAAAUGCGCAUCCUGGGUGGUGGUCGCCUGGGCCUUUUGUUGCGCCUCCUGCGACAUUUGGGCAGCCUUCUGCAUUUCCACCGCAGCAAACACUGGCAUUUUCAGGAUGCCGUGCCGCAGGAAAGCCAGCACGGGAACGACAACUUGACGAAACGUAUUGUUUAGUUGGUAAGGACGGACGGCCCAAACCCUUCUCAAGUGUCAGUCAGAUCAGCGGUGGAGACUAUGAAGGUAUGAUAUCCCGCAUUUUUGAAUGUGGUGGUCCUCGGAUGCUCCUUAAGAUCCAACGUCAAGACCCAAAGGAGCGGCAGCGUUUGGAGACAUGCAGGGAGACUGUUGCGUGCUUUCUGCAAGAAACAGUCUCCGACCACAUUGGGGACGGAAUGAGAUCAAGGGGUGUCGGGGAGGAGGAAGCUGAAGUCGACGCAUUCUACGAUGGUUCUUUCGAGAACUUUGCUGCAAAGAUCCAGGGGCUAAGCGAAGUCAAGGUCAGUGCUACGUGCGCAAACGUUCAGAGAGUGCUUGUGGAAAUCUGUUCCGACAGCCGCUAUGUUGCAAUGAAGCUUUAUCAGAUUGAGAUCCAGAGCUGCCUUGUUGCACGCCAGGGAUUCUUAGCACGUGACGAUGCAGGACAAUUGGAGCCAGUUAAGCUUCAGCCGGAUACCACAGGCUUUGCAAUCGUUUUCAACCGAGCAGCAUUGCAAGUCGAUACAGAAUCGCUGGCUGAUCGACUUGGCCUUCAAAAUGUGUUGGGCUUGCUCAAGAACAAGAUGCUGCACGUUGUCUACUUUCAAUCAGAGGCUGCACUGCCUGCAGCAGUGAAAAUGGCCAGCCAGGCAAUGUCAAAGGCGGAAAUGGCGCUACAACUGGCGCAAGGCAGUGCCGCCCGGCAACGACCCCCAGCAGUGUGGGUCUGUCAGCUGGGAAGCCCUGAGGCUGGCACGGAGCCUGAGACCAUUGGCAGCGCGUUCAAAAUAACUACAAGUGUUUCAGAUGUGGAUGACUUGAAGAAGGCCAUCAAGCAGGAGAACCCAAAUACUGUAUCCUGCGAUGCCUAUCAAAUGGACAUUUACCGCCGGAAGGACGGCGGCUGGGUCAAGGAAGAAAGCAUGUCAGCAAGUCUGCGCGAGACAGAUGAGGCAGACUGCUAUGGAUUCACGAUUCCAGCUGGAGCUGCUGGAGCCGCAUAGUUUGAGGCUACUGCUGGCUGUGGUCACUGUUCUCGGCUGAGGCAAUGCUGGCGCACAACGUUUCACCUCGUACAGUGACAAAAGCAUGCGUUCGCAGGCACAGUUGUUUCGUUGCAGUGCGACUUUGCUUGACUCCUGAAGGGUAAGGCAGGCAAC